GUACUCACCCUCACCCUCACCCUCCCAAGAUUUCCCAUUUCUCCCUUCUCAGGUUUUUGAUAGGUCUUUUGGGUUUCAGAUGGAGAUUGACAAAGCAAUCAAGGAGUGUGAUGAUCGGAGGCUUAAGACCAAGUACAACAACGCUAUCUAUGUAAUUCAGAGAGCUCUUGCCCUCUACUCAAUUGAAGAGGUCGCCUUCAGCUUCAAUGGGGGAAAGGAUUCAACCGUUUUGCUGCACCUACUGAGGGCUGGCUACUUUUUACAUAAAGGGGAACAAAGCUGUACAAAUGGGGGUGUACAAGAUUUUCCAAUACGAACAAUAUAUUUUGACUGUCCAUCUGCUUUCCCUGAAAUCAACUCGUUUACUUAUGAUGCAGCCAAUACAUAUGGUUUGCAACUGGAUAUCAUUCGCUCGGAUUUCAAGUCUGGUUUGGAGGCUUUACUAAAGUCCAAACCAAUCAGAGCAAUUUUCCUCGGUGUUCGAAUGGGUGAUCCUACUGCGGUAGGGCAAGAGCAGUUCUCUCCUAGUUCACUUGGAUGGCCACCUUUCAUGAGGGUGAAUCCUAUCUUGGAUUGGUCAUACAGAGAUGUGUGGGCUUUUCUCUUAACUUGCAAGGUUCAUUACUGCAGUCUUUACGAUCAAGGUUAUACUUCAAUUGGGAGCAUAUACGACACAGUUCCAAAUUCAUUGUUGAGCAUUAACAAUUCCUCCAGCAGCAAAGAAGCAUUUAGACCUGCGUAUUUGCUUUCUGAUGGAAGGUUAGAGAGAGCGGGGAGAGUUAAAAAACUUCCUCAUUCAGUUGGUGGGAAAAAGCCUGUUGUUGCCAAUGGCCUUACCAGUAUGGAUUUACCCAAGAGUAGCUUACUCAUGGCAUCAGCCAUAGCUGUAGGGGAUGAGAUUCUGUUUGGCACUGCUGAGGAUCAAUUAGGGCAUUCACUGUGUAAAAAGCUCCAUUCUAUUGGUUGGUCGGUAUCUCAAACUACUGUUGUACGAAAUGAAGUAGAUUCUGUGGCUGAAGAAGUUGAGCGACGACAAUCAACUAAUGAUAUGGUAUUUAUCUAUGGAGGGGUAGGCCCACUUCAUUCAGAUGUCACUUUGGCAGGUGUCGCAAAGGCUUUUGGGGUUCGUCUGGCUCCUGAUGAAGAAUUUGAAGAAUAUCUGAGGCAUCUUAUAGGUGAUCAGUGCACUGGUGACCGCAAUGAGAUGGCUCUGUUGCCCGAGGGCAUAACUGAGUUAUUGCAUCAUGAAAAGUUGAUGGUCCCUUUGAUCAAGUGUAAAAAUGUAAUAAUCUUUACGGCAACAAACGUUCUGGAGCUAGAUGACGAGUGGAACUGUCUAAUUGAAUUGAUGAGGUCCGGUGGCGAAUUAGUAAUGGCACAACCAUUUGUAUCGAAGUGCUUGACAACAAAUCUUGCAGAUUUAGAAGUUGCCCAACCUGUAUCAAAACUUUGCCUUGAAUUUCCAGACCUCUACAUUGGGUGCUAUCGUAUAUCAAGACGCGAGCCUCUUAGAAUUUACUUCGAGGGCAAGGACCAAAACCGAAUUGAAUCAGCUAAAGAAGCAUUGUGCAAGAAGUUCCAGCCUGGGGCUUUCUCGGAAAUCAAUUUGAGUUGAUGGGGGUGGUUCUGCAAGUGUUAUGUCGGUCUGACUGCCAGAGUUACUGGCGCUAUCUGCCGAUGAUUGACGGCAGAAGAGGAAUCCUCUACAUGUAUUUGGGUAGAAAAGGAGAUCAUUGCAAUUGUAAUGGAAGAGAAAGAUGAAGAGAGGAACAUAUACAAGACCGUAGACGCUGAUAACUGGGCGAAGCCCCUAUGUAUUGAGGAAAAUGUUGACAAUCUUCUUAUUAUGAACAAAAAUAGUCCUUUAGAAAUGGACUUUCUAUUAGUCGAAAUCUCACAGUUCAUUUAGAGGUGGAUUUUUUCUUCUUCUUGAUAAUGCCCCCUUUCUCUUUAAGUUUUUAUUCACUAUUGUUCAGGAAAACUUUGGGCAGAGAAUCAAUAGAUUGAGCUUUGACAUGAAUAUGAAACUUUUC